CAGUUUUGCCAAGUGAGAUGAAAACAUCUGAAACAUUUAUGAAGUUAUAAAGCUUUUAUUUUAAUAAAUGAGUUAUCCUAAACAUAUAAAUUACUCCUCCUUUGCGAAUUCUCGUUUCUGCAAUCAAAAUAAGGUGCCAGCUGAGCCAUAAUAACGAGCCAAGCCAAGCUAGAAGCCGAGCCAGCGCGGUUGACUUCUCCAGCGAAAAUCGCACGAAGAACGCUGAUUAAUGUGACACCUUGCACUUGCCAUGAAGAAAAAGCGUGCUAGGAGGGCCCCCAAGAAGAUCCACCUGAUAUUCGAUGAAGACGAACGUAGGGACUUCCUGACGGGCUUCCAGAAGCGCAAGAAGGAACGGCAGAAGAAGGCUCAGGAGGAGCUCAAGGCCAGGGUCCAGGAAGAGAAGAGGCGACUCAGGGCAGAGAAGCGGGAGGUCCUGCAGAAACUCCUGGAGGACAGACCCCUCCCAUGCAGCGAGGACGACGGCGAGCCCGUGACCUACGACAUGGCUGACCACACGGUGACCGUGACCAGCCUGGACAGCGGUCAGCAGUUCCUGGCAGACCGCUUGGACGAGGCCGUCAAGGAGGGCCGGGCCGUCGACAGCCACAAGAGACGGCUCAAGGCCCUGGAUCAAAAGAUGGGCCAGUGCAGCCGUCCCAUGGCCAAGCGGAAGAAGGGGCCCAAGAAGAGACGCAGGCAAUAAAAAGGUUCCACCCGGCGCCGCCUCAGUAGCGGUA